AUGUCAGAGAAAAAAAAGUCCGGGGGAAGCACGGCCACGGCGUCCAAAUCAAAGACGCCCGCACUCUCGCACAGCGGAAUCGACGCCGCCAAGAGGAUGGCCUUCCUGGUGACCUACAUCGAGAACGAUAUCACAUCCAAGGUCAAAGAGAUCGACGCCAAGACAGAUGACGAGUUCAAGGCCGAGAAGGAGCGCACGUUGACGCAGGAGCGCAAGCGCAUCAACGACAUCGUCGCAAGGCGCGAGAAGGUGGUCGAGCGCACGCGCAAGAUCCAGACGUCGCAGAUAAAGAACGCGGCUCGGCUUCGCGUGCUGGGCUCCAUGAACGAACUCGUCAGCAGGGUGCUAGCCGAGGCCCGCUCCAAGCUGGCCGUCAUCACGGAGAAGGAGGACCGGUACAAGCCAUUCCUCGAACGCCUCAUCCUCCAGGGCCUGUACAUGAUGCUAGACAAAGACGUGGUGGUCAUGUGCCGUCGCAAGGACCUCAAGUUGGUGCAGAGCGCGCUCACGGUGGCCGCCAAGAAGUUCGCCAUGGACACCAAGAUCGAGGGCAACGUGGUCGUCGACCAGGAGCACUUCCUGCCCGACGAGUGCGGCGGCGGCGUCGAGCUCACCACGAUGCGAGGCAAGAAGAAGGUCUCCAACACGCUCGAGAGCCGGCUCGAGCUGGUCACACGCAAGACGUUGCCGCAGAUACGCGCCGGACUCUUCGGACCCAACCCGAACCGCAAGUUCACAGACUAGGGGCACGCUUAUUUCCUCUCCCGGUUCGCGAGGAUGCAAAGCUUCUUGUUUCUAUUUUUUUUUUCGCCCUGGGGUGUGUGUUUGUGUGUGUUCAUUCGUGCCUUCUUCAAAAUCUUUGCCUCGCUUUUC